AUGGCUGAUUCUUCUAUUUGCGAUCCAAAUGAAUCGAUUCCAAACCAUGAUAAACCUGUUUCAAAUAUUCAGGAAGCAGGGAAGGGCAAAGAAUUUAUUAUCAUAGGAGGGAAGAUGUACUAUAAACACGAAUUAAUGCAUGCAUUUGGUGGUACACUUAAUCCUGGGUUGGCUUUACCACAGGUGAACAAGUUUGGUAACCCAGCACCAAUAGGUUUGGCUGGGUUUGCAAUGGUCACUUUUCUUCUGGGUAUGUACAAUGCACAGGCAAUGGGUGUUAAUCAUCCCAACGCACUUAUCGGUAUAGCAGCUUUUUAUGGAGGACUUAUACAAUUUUUAGCUGGAUGUUGGGAAAUGGUUAUUGGAAACACAUUUGGUGCUACGGCCUUGACCUCCUAUGGGGCCUUUUGGAUAUCAUAUGCUGCUAUUAACGUAGAAGCCUUUGGUAUUACCGCUGCUUACAAGGAUGAGACAGAAUUCAAUAAUGCUAUGGGAUUACUCCUCUUAUCAUGGGCCAUAUAUACAGCCAUAUUGUCAAUGCUUACUUUGAAAUCUACUCUUGCCUUCUGUCUGUUGCUUUGGCUCGUCACACUUACUUAUUGCUUAUUGUGUGCUGGUAGUUUUACUCAAAAUGUCAAUGUUACGAGGGCUGCAGGUAUCGUAGGGGUUAUCACAGGCCUACUUGCGUUCUAUAAUGCAUUUGCAGGUGUUGUCAAUAAACAGAACUCGUAUUUUACUGUUUAUUCAAUUCCUUUAACUAAAGAUUGA